AUGGAGACUCCCGUGGAGGCCUUCGAACGCCUGCGUCAGGCGCUAAAUGUGCUCAAGGAUCACCACUACGACCCCUGGAACUGGCAUGAGUAUCUUUCAGACGAGCCAGAGGAGGGCGAAGAGGAGGAAGAGGAAGAGGAGGAGCUUUUCAAGGAUCUGGAGAUGCUGGCGCUCAAGCCGAAGCGGCGCAAGAAUAUCGACAAGCUCAAAGCGCACCUUCUUACGGUCGUUCAGGAGCUGAAUCGCGCGGGCCACGCCGCCGACCUAGCGUAUUACUACAUGUCCGUGCAGCCCCAGCUCAUGAAGGAGUGUGUCGUCAUCAUGGGCGUGGCUGGAGACAUCGAUGAGGACCUCCUCAAUGAGAGUGGUGAUGCCUCCCCGGAGAAGAUCAUGGCCGCCUUGCAGGCCAAGCUGGAUGCGGCCCACGAGCGCAUCGAGGAGCUCACGGAUGAGGUGACCGACCUGAAGAAAAGGCUCAAGCAGAAGACGGAGGAAAGCGAGGACAGAUGGGGGCACUGGCAGAGGUCGAAGAUGCAGGGUGAAGAAGCGAUGCAGAGACUCGACGAGACGACGCGGUCCUUGAUGCUGGUCUUGGAAAGAGAGGGCAAGCUUGCGGCUGCUUAC